GGCGCGGCGCGGCGCGUCAGUCAGUCAGAGGAACCGCCGCGUGCGUCACGACCGGGAUCGAGGAUGGAGAAUCGCGCUGUCUAACGGCUCGGUAACGCUCGCGCUGAUCAUUUCCAUUCACGGGAGCGCAGGAUCCUCAAUUGCGCGGAUUGAUUGAUUGAUUGAUUAAUAGCGGAUUUUGCCGUGAUUUUGACCAUCAUGGGCUGCGUCACUGGAGAUAUUCACCGGAGCAGACUUUACGCACUCCUCAUCGGGCUGCAUGUUCUCACCGGUGUCUCCAAAACGCACGGCGCGGAUCCUCGGCGGGCUUUCGUGGAGCUGCGGUUCGUGCUGGAGCCGCAGGACGCGGUGACGGUUCGGGGCGGCGUGCUGCAGCUGGACUGCGAAGCACGCUCGGAUCAGGGCGUUCCAGUCAUCGCCUGGAAGAAGGAUGGCGUGCUGCUGAGCGCGGUGGUGGACGAGCGCAGACAGCAGCUGUCGAACGGGUCGCUCCUGGUGCAGAACGUGCUGCACUCACGCCACCACCGGCCGGAUGAGGGCUCGUACCAGUGCCUGGCCACGCUGGACGGCGUCGGAGCCAUCGUCAGCCGCACCGCUAAAGUCACCGUCGCCGGUCCUCUGCGCGUGGUUGUCCCCACCGAGUCGGUCUCGGCUCAUCUGGGCGACACGGCUCUGCUGCGCUGCGAGGUGACGGGCGAGCCCAUGCCCGUGGUGCGCUGGCAGAAGAACAGGGAGGACCUGCCCUUGAUCUUUGACCCAGACAGCAGAGUGGUCAUCCUGCCCUCCGGAUCGCUGCAGGUCAGCAGGGUCCAGCCGCCGGACUCGGCCACGUACCGCUGUCUGACAGAGAACCCCAGCAGCUCCCGCACUGGCACAGACGCCGACCUACGCGUCAUACCGGAGCCCGGGGUAGAGCGAGCGCUGACGUUCCUCCAGAGGCCUCAGAAGGUCACAGCUCUACAGGGCAGAGAUGCGGUUCUAGAAUGUUCCGCCUCCGGCUAUCCCAACCCGUCCUUCUACUGGAUGAGAGGAAACGAGCUGAUCCAGAGCAGAUCAAAGAAAUACUCUCUCCUGAGCAGCAGCAACCUUCUGAUCAGCAGCGUCACAGACGACGACUCGGGAACAUACACCUGCAUCGCUCACAACAAACAGCAGAACAUCUCUGCGUCCUCUGAGCUCUCUGUGCUCGUACCUCCGCAGUUCCUCAACUAUCCGUCGAACACGUAUGCGUAUGAAAGCACGGACAUCGAGAUGGAGUGUGCCGUGACGGGAAACCCGCAGCCCACCGUCCGCUGGGUGAAGAACGGAGAGGCCGUCAUUCCCAGCGACUACUUCCAGAUCGUGGACGGCGGUCAUCUCCAGAUUCUGGGUCUGGUUCGCUCAGAUGAAGGUUUCUAUCAGUGUAUCGCUGAGAACGAGGCGGGAAACAGUCAGGCGAUGGCUCAACUCAUCCUUCUGCAGCCCGUGACCCCGAGCUCAGGCGUCCUCCCUUCCGCUCCUUGUGAUGUGGCCCCUGUCCUCGUGUCCAGCCGCUUCGUGCGCCUCGGCUGGCGGCCCCCGGAGGAACCGCGCGGAACCGUCCUGACCUACAGCGUCUUCUUCUCCGAGGAGGGAAUCAACAGGGAGCGCAGCGUGAACGUGACGGAGGCCGAGAGUCUGCAGCUGACGGUCAGUAAUCUCAGACCCGAGGCCACUUACUCCUUCAGGGUGGUGGCGUAUAACGAGCAGGGGCCCGGAGAGAGCUCAGAGGCCAUCCGACUGUCCACGCAACCCGAGCUUCUGGUUCCUGGUCCAGUGGAGAACCUGCGGGCAGAAGCUACGUCUCCAACCUCCAUCCAAGCGUCCUGGGAUCCUCCGUCCCACGCCAGCGGCCCCAUCCAGAGCUACAGACUGCUCUGGACCGAGACGUCCAGCGGAAAAGAGCAGAACGUGGAGGUGGUGGGUCAGAGCUACAGGAUGGAGGGACUGAAGAAGUUCACAGAGUAUUCGCUGCGAGUGCUGGCGGUCAAUCGACACGGGCCUGGCCUCUCCGACACAGACACGCUCAUCACCACGCUCUCAGACGUGCCCAGCGCUCCACCGCAGAACAUCUCACUGGAGGUCGUCUACUCACGGAGCAUUAAGGUGAGCUGGCAGCCGCCGCCUGCAAACACGCAGAACGGAUUCAUCACCGGAUACAAGAUUCGCCAUCGCAAAACGGGCCGGCGGGGGGAGCAGGAGGCCAUCGAACCCAACAACCUCUGGUACCUGUUCACCGGAUUGGAGAAAGGCAGCCAGUACAGCUUCCAGGUGGCAGCCAUGACGGUCAAUGGCACGGGGCCCAGCAGCGAGUGGCACACGGCCGAGACGCCGGAGAACGACCUGGACGAAACUCAAGUUCCCAACCAGCCGAGCUCGCUGCACGUACGUCCACUUCCCAACAGCAUCAUCAUGAGCUGGACGCCGCCGCUCAACCCCAACAUCCUCGUGCGCGGCUACAUCAUCGGCUACGGAGUGGGCAGCCCAUACGCAGAGACCGUGAGAGUGGACAGCAAGCAGCGCUACUACUCCAUCGAGAACUUGGAGCCCAGCUCUCAUUACGUCAUCUCUCUGAAGGCCUUCAAUAACGCAGGCGAAGGAGUUCCUCUGUACGAGAGCGCCGUCACCAGAUCCUUGUCAGACCCCUCGGACCCGUCCGAUGACGAUCUGUUCCAUCUGUUUGAUAAAUUCCCUACCCCCAUCCCAGAUACGUCCACGCCCAUGAUUCCUCCUGUAGGUGUGCAGGCCGUGGCGCUCACAUCCGACUCGGUGCGCGUCAGCUGGGCCGAUAACUCCAUUCCCAAGAACCAGAAGUCCUCGGAGGUGCGCUACUACUCCGUCAAGUGGAAGACCAGCCACUCCACCAGCAGCAAAUACAAGUCGGCUGAUACUACAGCUCUCAGUCACACUGUCACGGGUCUGAAGCCCAACACCAUGUAUGAGUUCUCUGUUAUGGUGACUAAAGGACGCAAGUCCAGCACGUGGAGCAUGACGGCACAUGCCACCACUUAUGAAGCAGCCCCGAGUUCCGCCCCAAAGGACCUGACUGUGAUUGGCCGAGAGGGACGUCCACGAGCCAUUCUGAUUAGCUGGCAGCCGCCGCUGGAGGCCAAUGGACGAAUCACAGGUUAUAUCCUGUACUACACGCUGGACAAGAACAUGCCCAUCGACGACUGGGUGAUGGAGCCCAUCGGCGGAGACCGGCUCACGCACCAGGUCAUGGACCUCAACCUGGACACUGUCUACUACUUCCGCAUCCAGGCUAAGAACGCCAAAGGAGUGGGGCCACUGUCAGAGCCCGUGCUGUACAGGACGGCCAAAGUUGAGCAUCCGGAUAAGAUGGCCAAUGAUCAAGGUCGUCAUGGAGACAGCGGUUACUGGCCUUCUGACAAUAACCCGAUUGACAUGAGCAGCCUGAAUGAGCCUCCGAUUGGUCAGAUGCGGCCGCCGCAUGGCAGCGUGACGCCGCAGAAGAACAGCAACCUGCUGGUGAUCAUCGUUGUUUCUGUGGGAGCCGUGACUGUGGUGGUGGUGGUGAUCGUCGCCCUGAUCUGCACCCGCCGUUCAUCCGCCCAGCAGAGGAAGAAACGUGCGACACACAGCGCUGGGAAGCGGAAGGGCAGCCAGAAAGACCUGCGACCUCCUGACCUCUGGAUCCACCAUGAGGAGAUGGAGCUGAAGAACAUGGAGAAGCCCUCGAGCUCUGCCCCCUCCGGCCGCGAGUCGCCAAUCCAGAGCUGCCAGGAGAUGGCACCGGUCAGCCACAGCCAAUCAGAGAGCCAGAUGGGCAGCAAGAGCAGCCACUCAGGUGCAGACGGGGAUGAGGCUUCCAGCAGCAUUUCCACGUUAGAGCGAUCGUUAGCCGCCCGCCGGGCCACGCGCACCAAGAUGAUGAUUCCCAUGGAUUCUCAGCCCAGCAACACACCGGUGGUCAGUGCCAUCCCGGUGCCCACGCUGGACAGCAGUCAGUAUCCGGGCAUCCUGCCGUCACCCACCUGCGGAUUCACCACACACCCCAAAUUCACCCUGCGGCCCAUGCCUUUCUCCACGCUGAGCGUCGACCGCAGUUACGCUGCUGCGAUGUCAGCGGAGGGAGCCACUCCAAUGGCCCCGCAGCAGCCGCAGCCGCUGAUUCCCACGGCGCAGUCGGAGCCGUCGGGGUCGGAGGAGAUUCCCAGCCGCACUAUCCCGACCGCUUGUGUGCGACCCACGCAUCCCCUGCGCAGCUUCACCAACCCGCUCCUGCCUCCACCCAUGGGCACCAUCGAGCCCAAGGUCUACACGCCCAUGACAGGUGGGAGUUUACCCAAACCGCAGGUGAAGACGGCCUCGCUGGGUCAGGCUGGGAAGGCCCGCUCUCCAUUACUGCCUGUUUCAGUGCCGACCGCUCCUGAGACGACUGAAGACGGACAGAAGCAGCCGGACGACCCGGCCAGCGUGUACGAGCAGGACGAUCUGAGCGAGCAGAUGGCCAGUCUGGAAGGUCUGAUGAAGCAGCUCAACGCCAUCACGGGUUCGGCCUUUUAACGCAGACGCAGACGCAGACGCAGACUCUCUCUGAUUCACCUGAACCCCUCAAAUGGGAUUAUAAAGGGAAAAUGACUCCGAACCGAAUCUCCGCUCUGGAGAAGCAGCGUCUCUUUUCUAACACUGUCUGAGAUUUUAUACUGGUUUACGUACACGGCCGUGUGAAUCCAUCCCGCUGAACGCAGAUCCACCUGGGAGGAAGACUGUGAAGAUUCCUGAGCUUCAUCUACUGACGGAAACCUUUCCCAUGGGAUUAUUAGCGAUUCAUCUCAAACCCGACCGAGUUGCCAAAAUGCAAACUUUUCAUUGACAUCUUGCCAAUCUAUUGCUGCCAAAAUCCCUUAAAUACACUUCACUAGGGAACUGUAUGAAAGUCGGAUGAAGCCGUCGGCGUGGAUGAGAAGAUCACAUCAUUUUGCUCACGCAGCACUGAUUUUUGUUGUUGAUUGUUUGUCGUGUCUCUUUGUGAAUCUCUUUGCUACACAAACGUCAUAUUGGUUUAUUAUUUGACCCCAGUGAAACGGUAAACCCCUGCGGUGUGCUCUUGAGUUCACAUUAUGCAUUUCAUCUCCAUCCAGGGAUUAAUGAGCCAAAAAUGAUCUUCUUUCUCAGUAUUUUUGCCUUGUUUUCCAGUAAAAAUAUCGAAAUGUUCUUAAAUCAAGAUGCAUUUACAUGAGAAGCAAAAUGGCAAAAUGGUCUUCUUUUCUGAUAAAGGUAUAGAAAUGAAGUAAGUUUACAUUUAAAACUAGAAAAGGGGGGGGGGGGUAUUUUCUGAAG